AUCUUGGCUGUGGUUGUCUUUAAGUAAGAAGAGAAAACAUCAAUUUUUGAGAAUGAAUUUAUUCUGGAUUGCAUCCAAUUUUCUUGGCAUAAUGAAAAGUCAUUUGCAGAUGGAGCGUAAACAACUAUUUCCCCCAGGUAUCUCAGAAUACAUUAUUGAUGGCAAAGUUGUCAUGAUGAAAUGUAAGCGUUUGUCGCAGCCGAUAACCAAUAGCAGGACGUAUUUUCCGAGCCACUCUUUCCGCUCCUCCUCUGAUCCCGCCUUACGGAGUGGGCUGGUGGCUGCAGUUGUCAUGGAAAUGCAAGAAGUCCCUCAGCUCCAGAUUCAGUUACCAUGGAAAUGCCGCUAGGAGAUGCUGCUGCAGGUUCUCAGGAGAAGCGCGAGAUUAUUCAGCACCUUGGACAGCAGCGGUGCGUCGGUCCUCCUUUCUGCCAGACGCGAUACUAUAUGCUUAUUGUGAUUGGAGAAAUUGCAUCAGAUCAGCAGCUUGAUUCAGUGAAAGAACACAUUAAACAGGGGAUCCUGUCAUGGGACGUUGAUUUGACCAUUUGUGACUUGAAUAAGGAACUGAAGCUCUUUGAAGCAAGACACUCUGCCCAGUUUUCAUCAGAGGUGAAAGGACAGAGACUUUUGCAAUACAAGAGUGAUGUUCUUGAGACUGUUGUGUUGGUGAAUCCUUCUGAGGAGAAUAUUGCUAUAGAGUUCAGAACACUGUUCUGUGACUCAGCAGGACAUAAGUUAUUGGUCCUAAGUGGGCAAAGUACUGAACAGAGCGGUGACAUUACCCUGCAAAGUGGAGUGUUUGGUUGGAAAAAUUUCUCUGACAUUCUCUCAAGUCGUAGGAUUAAAGAUCUCUUAAACCAGCCAUCUGCAGGUCAGGAAGCCUGUUUGACUGUGUCCUGUAAAGGAGAAGGGGGCUGGAGCUCCCUAGGGUACGUACAGGAGCAGAGCUUACUGAAGUACAGUCUGAAUCCAGAGCCUGUGCUGCCUGAGAUGGAAGGGGUGAGCGAGUUUACAGAAUAUGUCUCUGAGACAGUGGAUGUUCCCUCUCCUUUUGAGCUCCUGGAACCACCAACCUCAGGAGGGUUCCUCAAGUUGUCCAAGCCAUGUUGCUAUAUCUUUCCUGGAGGACGGGGCGACUCUGCUUUGUUUGCAGUCAAUGGUUUUAACAUUUUAAUCGAUGGUGGAUCAGACAGAAAAUCUUGCUUCUGGAAGCUGGUCAGACAUUUGGAUAGGAUUGAUUCUGUUCUCCUUACCCACAUAGGAGCAGAUAAUCUCGCUGGAAUAAAUGGACUGUUACAGAGAAAAAUUGCAGAGCAGGAGGAAGAGAAGAGCUGUGGUUCAAAUACUUAUGGAGACUGGAUGAAAAACCUGAUCUCACCAGAGCUUGGUGUUGUGUUCUUUAAUGUACCAGAAAAGCUGAAGACGCCUGAGUCCACGCUGAAAGCAAAGAGGAGCAUUGAGGAGUCCUCUCUCACAUUGCAGUACCUUCACAAACUGGGCAUCAAACCUGAGCCUCUAUACAGAGUUGUGAGCAACACAAUUGAGCCUUUAACACUCUUUCACAAGUUGGGUGUUGGCAAACUAGACAUGUAUAUUCUAAAUCCGCUCAAGGACAGUAAGGAAAUGCAAUUCUUCAUGCAGAAGUGGGCUGGUAACAGUAAAGCUAAGACUGGCAUCGUCCUGGCCAAUGGCAAAGAGGGUGAGAUUUCAGUUCCUUACCUCACAUCAGUGACAGCUCUGGUUGUGUGGGUACCUGCCAGUCCAACAGAAAAGAUUGUCAGAGUACUGUUUCCUGGAAAUGCCCCACAAAACAAAAUAUUUGAGGGGCUUGAAAAGCUGAGGCAUCUCGAUUUCUUGCGAUAUCCAGUAGCCACUCAAAAAGACAUGUCAUCUGGAGCUCCACCUCCACUGAUUAAACAAACUAAAAUGAAGCUGAGAACUGAUAGCAAAGAAAGUCUCAAAUCAUCCCCUAAAAUGUCUUCCACUACAAAAGCAAGCAAGAAAGAGGCAAAUGAAGACAUUGAGUCAAAGAGUGACUCUGUAAAAGAGAACAAAGUUGAAAAGAAAGAUAAGAAAAUAAAAGAGACUGUUAAAACUCCCAAACCACUUAAACCCAAGACAGCGUCACCCGAUUCACUUAAGCAAGAGAAAAAGAAGCUGCAGAGAGAAAAAUCUCCUAAAAAACACACCAAGGAGAAAGCAUCUAAGAUGGAGGAGAAGAAAGAUCAGGAAAAGAAAGACACAAAGAAAGAAAGGGCAGAUGUAAAAAAAGAGGACAUUAAAAAAGAACUCAAAAGUAAGGAGGAGAAGAAAAAAGAAAAAGAAAAAAUUAAGCCAGAGUUGAGAAAAAUCACAAAACCUGACUUAAAGCCCUUCACCCCCGAGGUCCGGAAGACUCUGAACAAAGCAAAGGUUCAAGUAAAGCCUAAAACAGAAAAAACUAAAGCAGCUAAGGAGCAAGAAAACAGGCCAGCCUCUAAGCAAGCUUCAAUAGAGAAACGGGAGAGUGACAGGUCCUUAGUCUCCUCCCCAGAAGAUCUUACCAAGGAUUUUGAAGCCUUGCGACUGGAGGAGGAGCUUUCCAAGCCCACAGAGAGCAAAGUGCUCCCAGAUUUUCAGCCUGCAGCGGACAGUGUUGUACCUCACAUUGAAUCUCCUGAUGAGGGAAUAACUACAACUGAUGUUGAGACAGAGUCCCCUCAUGAGGAAAGGGUACCGUAUGGAGUAAAUGAAAUUAAAUCCCCCUCUAAAACCACAGAUAGAUUUGAAGAUGAAGGUGCUACUACAGAAGAUGACAUAGAGGAUGACUAUACCACAAAACAGAAAAGUGCUAAAACAUCUGACUUUUUGGAGAUGGGCAAAAAUAAAGAAUGGCAAGAAAAAGCAAAAGAAGAAGAGAAAGAGCUUGAACUGAAACCCAGAAAGAGUGACAGUGAAGAAGAAGAGGAUGUAAUUGAGAAAGCAGAGCUAGAGGAGGCAGAGGAUUUAGUGCAUGAAGAGGAGCUCACGUACAAAUCUGAUGAGGCUAGGAAAGAAAAACUUGGAAAGGACUGGGAGACAAAACAAAGUGACAUUAAAUCUGCCAAACCGCUGGGUGCUGCAGAGCAUGUUUCAUUCAUCCAAGAUGAGACCAUUCCAGGUUACUCUGAGACAGAGCAGACCAUUUCUGAUGAGGAGAUUAAUGAGGAAACAGAGGAGCGAAUCCCACAUCUUCAGUAUGAUGUCGGCUCUUAUGACAUCUCAGUUCCUGAUAAACCAGGGACUUUUGACACCAUCCAUGGCAUGAAACCACCAACCAUCUCUAUUGCUUCUGAGUUAUCAUCAAAGGGUUUUGCAGUAGACCAGGAGCCAGUCCUAUCAGCUUACGCAACCAAUAUAAUUGCGGCUCCAUUGGCUGAAGAAGAGCAUAUAUCAUCAGCCACCUCCAUCACUGAAUAUGACAAAUUAUCAUCUUUUGCAACAUCUGUUACUGAAGAUCAGUCUAUAGCAUCCGUGACAGCACCACCUACUGAAGAUGCAGGAAAAAGCUCUUUACUCUUAGAUACUGUAAAUAGUAUACCAUCAUCCGUACAGACAGAUGACACUCAAGGAAAGGAGUACCUCCACUCUGCUGGAACUAUUUCUCCAACUUCGUCCUUAGAGGAGGAUAAGUGUUUUAAAUCACCUCCUUCAGAAGAAUAUCAACCCAUCGUGCCAGAAACAGAAACUACAGUGAAGGCUACUGUUCCCACAAAUUAUGAGGAUGAAGAGGAUGAGGAAGAGGAUGAGGAUCAGACACCAAAUGUUGAUAUGCCACUUGGAAAGCUCCAUGAGGGUUAUGCAUCUGCUGCCAUGCUCGAAGAGCAAGCUCAUGAUAAAUUUCCCUUAUCAACAGCACCUAUUCCUCCUCAGAUGAUGUAUGUUGGCACACAAGAAAAAGAUGAAAUGGGAAUCUCACUCUCUAAUGAUGAAUCUAAAUUGGGCUCCUCUGAGAAAAGUUUGCCUUGCACCUCAGAGACAAGUAUUAUUUCAGAGAGUGAAGAAAGAUGCCUCAGCCCAGAUGACAGCACUGUGAGGUUUGCCUCACCUACACAAUCAGGACCGACCAGCAGUAGCUACUCUCCCACUGAGGAGAGGUCACAAAAGCCACUGGAAAUACUAGAUAAGGAGACAUUUGAUUCUCAGAGGUGUUUGGCCCAAGAGGCUCCUGCUGACAAAAAGUCUGUGAAAAUAAUUGAUGAUGAAGUGGAUCCUUUUGGAAAGGAACUUUCCGACACUAAACCUGCAUUAUAUGACUCAGAAGAGGAUGAAGAGGAAGAGAAAGAGGAUUAUUAUGGAAAAGAAAGCUAUAAUGUGUGUGGUAAAACUAAAUACAAAGAGGAGAGGGAGUGCACUUUUCUUGAUGAAGAAUACUCUGAAGAGACAUCACCCCUAAAAGAGGAGAAGCUGUUUGAAAAUGAGAAAGAAUCUGUGAAUAAGGAAGAUAAACCACAAAAUGUGACCUACUUGGGCCAUGAGUACAAAUCCCAGAUGCUCAGUUCAGGAGAGGAAGAUGAAAGUGAAACCGAAGAUGGUACUUACUCAAGCGUAAAAGUACCACAGGGCAAGUUAGAUUCCAUGUCAGCAAGCCAAGGCAAAAAAGAUGUGUCAUUCUCAGAGAUAGAUGACCCAAAAAUGAUUUCUAAAGACAGCGAUAAAAGUGUUCACUUCAACUUGUAUUCCUUCCCUGAGUGUGAGAAAGGCCUCAAAGGGGAAUUUGAGAGGGUGGUUAGGCAAGAUACACCCUAUGUUGGGAAGAGCUUUACAUACUCUGAUGUGUAUGACAGUAAAUCGAGUUCAGUGGAUUCCUACUCUCCAAAUCUGCCAAAGGAGCACACUUUUGAUGAUACUGAUGUUACUCCAAAGAAAACAGAAAAUAAGGAUUCCCUAGAUUCUUCCACUGGCAAGAUUUCUGACCUUAAAGCAUCAGAGAAAAAGGAAGCAUCAUCAACUUCAAAUAGUGAAACACAAGGUAUAUAUGGGACAACACAGUUAAAGGAUACACCUGAAGGAACAUUCUCCGAGAAAAUAAAGGAAGUUGAAGAAAAGAAAACUGAGAAAGACUCACCUGUUUCAGCAGAGAGAGACCCAUUUUCAGUUAAAUUGGAAAAGCCAGAUUUCAGUGAAAUGGCAGAGGGUGGUGCAUUACAAUCAGGCCAUUAUGCAACUGACAGCUUCAGCUCUGAUUACAGUGUUAAAAGUAUGAGUUCUGUGUUAGGCCAGUCUACAUUUAGCACAAAAGAAAUCAAGGCUGGAGACAUGAAGAUGUUUGCUGAUGGAGAGGAUGAAGAUGAAGAAGAUGAGGAAGAUGAAGAUGAUGAGGAUGAGGAGUAUGGAGAGCAUGUAAGUGAUAGUGACACAGAGAAAGGUGCCAAAGACAGACAAGAGAAAGAUGCCCAGCACUCUCUAAGUAGUGUCAUCAGCACUGUACCUACUCAAUUCCAGGAUGUAAAAAAAGACACCAUUACACAGGACUACAGCUUUGGCUCUGACACCUAUGGGAAAUCUUUAGGUUCAUCGACAUUUGAUGUUAAAGGUGAUGCCUCAUCUUUUCAUACUAAAAGUCAUAUUACAGGCUCAUCUGGAUUUGAACAUUCUUCAAGUGAGGAGAGAGAUGAGUUUGUCGAAAAUUAUGGGAAAGGUGUCAAGUCAUAUUUACCCCUUUCAACAAAGUCUGCUGAAGAUAAAUUCUCUACUCACUAUGAUGGCAAAGAUAUUGAGUUUGACAAGCAAAAGACACCAGAUGGAGCAGAGAAAAAAACAGGAGACCCUGUUUCAUUGGGCUUCAGUUACACAACUAUGUCAGCCACAGCAUAUUCCUCUUCCUCUUCUUACAGUCAUUCCUCAUCAGCUUCAGCAUCUCUGUCCACUAGCCGCCAGUUUGGGGAUGAGAUAGGGACUCCAGCCAGUACUGGAUUUGAGUACUCAUCUUUCAAAGAUGAACAUUCUCCAGUAAUGGACUCACCCUUCUCUAGUUCUGGUGGGCAGGCUAAGGAUGAAUAUUUGGAAGUGUCCGAAAAGCUGACCCCUGCAACCACUACAGCUGAAUCCACAUCUAGCCUUGCGAGAGUCUCACCAUUAUCACCUUUUGAGGAGAUCAAGCCUUUCCCUCCACAUGCUGGUACUUGCAUAGGUGAUAAGAAAGAACCUGCUUACUCUACAAGCAAUAUCUCAGAUCAAGGUCCAAAAAGUCAGUGCUUUUGCAAAUCGGAGUGGGAAGAGGACUCAAGAUUACAAGAUGAAUUUGGUGCAACUGGACCUUAUACCUCUAUGCCUCUGACCACACAGAAAGACACCAUGCCUGAAGACCUGUAUGGUGCUUCAUCAACACUUCAAUUUGAGUGCCCUGAAAAACAGUACUAUGAAGACACAGAGAGUAGUGAAGAGGAGGGCGAUUAUAUGUACGAAACUGAACAGGAUAAACUUCGGUACCAAAGAUCUCCACUUACAGCUCAAGCAGACAAGAACGAUACCACAUUUUCCUUGGGUGAGACACUAACAAAGGACAUAUCUUCUGGUUUGGGAGCCACUAUCCCAGAUGCACUUACCUCACAUACUUCCUCUUUCCCUGAGCCCACAAAACCAGACACAACAAACGGGCCUGCAGAAGUUAGUUUGAGUGCACCAGAGGCUUUUGGAGGAACCAGCAAGGUGGGGAUAGGCUUGUCAAAAAUAGAGAUGCAAGGCCAAGAAUUUGACGUGAUGAAAAUUAGAAGCCCAAGUGAAUGGGAAAUGCAGCAGCAACGAGACAUCUACCCAGGAGCAUCCCCACCUCAUUAUCAACAUGAAGAUGAGUAUGAAGAAGAAGAAGAGGCUGAGCCAGAGCACCCAGCCCGUCCUCUUUCUCUUUCUUCCACAGACCAACCUUUCCAAACUUCCUAUUAUGCAGAUGAUCCAAGCAGACACGAUGAUGACUCUGACUAUCCUUCAGAUGUUGGUAUCCAUCCACAUUCAUCCACAGCUUCUCCAGGCUAUUCCUCUUGUGAGUACAAGCAGAGAAGAGGAGACACAUCUCCAUCCUUUAUCAACCCAAGCUUAUGUCAACUUUCAAGUGAUGAAGAAAAUGAGGAACAGAGAAGCCAAGGAUCCAAUCAACAGCAACCUUCUGGGAAGACCAGAUCUCACAAACAACCCCAUCACCACUCUCACAGUCAUCAUGGCGAAGACAGUGAAUUGCAACAAUUCUCUGGUGCCAUGGCUGCUGGGAUUAGUGCCAGUGGAGAGGACACACCUCCAACCUCUGUCAGUGAGCCACUGCAUUCCCAGUCAGAUUCUGAUGUACCACCAGGUACGGAAAAGUGUCCAUCAAUCACAGCAGAAGGAAACAAUGACUCUGAUGAGGAUGCAGAUUACCUGCCUGUAGAUAAAUCAUCUGGAGCUUAUGGGGGGAAGCAUUACUCAUCAAGGUCAAGGUCGCCUGCUAAAAGUCACGAUCCCUUCCCGUCACCAAUGAUGGAUCCUGCUCCUUGUCCCCCUCGCCCUGAUGUAUGUAUGGUUGAUCCCGAGGCUCUGUCAAGCCUAACCGACAAACCAAUCAAGAAAGAUUCCAAAUCAAAGGGUUUGCGUAAAUUAGGCAAGACAAAGUCCUCAUCUCCUGCUCGGAAGACUGAUGCCAGGCGGAAGAGGUCCCCAUCCAAGGAGCCUUCCACUCACACCACUUCUCUUAGGAAGAAGGAAAUGGAGGACGAUCUGUCAAGGUCAAGCCAUAACACCGGCAAAGGCCUUGUCAAUGGCCUUAAGAACAGUGCGGGAUCAAAUUCUGCUAAAUUCAGUGCGUCUGUGCCCCCUGGUCCUCCUAUCUAUGUGGAUCUGGCCUACAUUCCCAACCACUGCAGUGCUAAAAAUGUGGACCAGGAGUUUUUCAAACGUGUUCGUUCUGCAUAUUAUGUAGUGAGUGGAAACGACUCCAGCAGUGGAGAACCGAGCCGCAGUGUACUAGAUGCCUUGCUAGAGGGAAAGGCACAGUGGGGAUCCAAUCUUCAGGUAACAUUGAUACCUACUCAUGACACAGAAGUGACCCGCGAAUGGUAUCAGCAGACCCAUGAGAAGCAACAGGAGCUGAACAUCAUGGUCCUGGCCAGCAGCAGCACUGUUGUGAUGCAAGACGAGUCAUUCCCAGCCUGCAAAAUAGAGUUCUAAAUUCAACAUGGCUCCCAGGUUCACAUCUUUACUCUCAAAUGGUCCGUUACAGCCUUAAUUGUAGUUUACUCAGUGUAAAAUUCUUAACCUUUUGCUUUUUAACUUCCCACACAUAAUGUCUAUUGCCCAAAAAACCCAGUCAAAUGGUAUGAACUUUGAUUAUUAUUUCUUGGUAAUGAAAGUUACUAGAGUGCAGGAGAACCGAAGGAAGACGUGCCUUUCACUAUAUACUUUUCAGGGUGGCCUUUCCCUUUACAUUGUACAAUAUAUACAUACACACGUACAUGCAGUAAAUGGGUCUCUAAAAUUAUUAACCCUUAGAUUUUGGUCCAGGGCCUGUUUGAACUAGUUUUCAUGGUUACAUUCCCAGUUGUAAUUUUAUACUGAACAAGGUUACCAAAUGAAUGUGCUAAAUACAAUAACAAAGUUAAUCUAUAUAGCCUUGUUUACAAUGGCAUCUAAAGCACAAGUAUACCUCUUCACUUACUUUUGAACAAAAACACCAGAAAUUCCCUAAUACUGCAGCUAAACUAGAUGAGAUUCUCCUGAUUAGUUCAUCAGUGGCACUGUUGCUUUGAGACCCUGAGUUACACAUCCUGCAAGAUCCUCUUUCAUUGCUUCACACAUACACUCACUAUAUAUACAAUAAUCAUCUAUUAAUCAAGUUGUCACACAUUCAGAUAGCUACUGUGCAAAUAGCAAUUGAGGCUAUAUACCUCAGCAGAGAGAUUAACAAAUACCUGGGUGCUAGUAUUUCAGAAAUUGGAAUUUAGUAAACAAAUAAGAUUUUAACAAUUCUAGCAAUUAAGAUACAUAAGCUGGAGAUGGUGUUAUGCACAAAUUACUUUACAUUCCCAACUCAGAGAUUAAUGCUUUCAAUUUGUAUAGUGGAAUGAUGGCAUCAACAACAAUGUUAAAAGUGAUAAUAACAAAAAUAAUAUAUUGCUACUAGAUCAGGACAAAAUUCAGUUUUUAAACUGAUUCUGAAAACUGAUGUUUAGAUGGUACGUUUAUUGUCAACGCUGAAUAAGAGUGGAAUCAAAUCAUGUUUUGUCAUUAAAUGAUGUAUAAAGUGUAUGUUCUCAGAGUGUAUUAUUAUUUUUAGUGCUUAUGAAGUUCAGAUGUGUUUUAUUACUGAUUUGAUUCAGUUUGGGAGAAAAUCCAUUAGAUUCAUUAGCACCUUGUAAUGAUUUCGCCUUGAUUUCUAUUGGUUAUAAAAUGUAUAUAGGACAAAUUUGCUUACUGUAAAGGAAUGGAAAGAAAGGAUGACUGAGAAUACAUAUGUAAGCCAAAGUUUCCGGCAAUAGAAGUGCAUGGUGUUCAGUGAAUAAUCUAUGUAUGGAAGUCAUUUCUCUGUUUUUGUGUAGGGUUACAUGAAAGAUACUGCACCAUGGAUACUGCACUUCAACCUAUUCCAAAAAUGUUAUAGUGUGUUUUAAGUUGUUCAAAGCACAUUUUGGCUUUUAUAUGGAACUUAAACCUUAAUCUUAACUUGCAAGAGCUCUUAUUUUCCAGUCAAUAUACGAUGAGGAUAUAGAUUACAUUUUGAAAUAU